CCCCUCUGAAGAGACCUCAGAGGUGCUUUGUGUGUGCCUCCAUCCGUAUGACUGCAGCAAGAGAUGAUGAAGGUCCAUGGCGUACUCCUCCUCCUCAUCUCCACAGCUGGGCUGGGCCUGUGCUACGAGGAUGAGACUCGCCUGGUGGAGCACCUGUUCAGUAACUACAACAAGGUGGUGCGGCCCGUGGAGGACCACCGCGACGCCGUCAUCGUCACCGUGGGGCUGCAGCUCAUCCAGCUCAUCAGCGUGGAUGAAGUAAAUCAGAUAGUGACAACCAACGUACGCCUGAAACAGCAAUGGACAGACGUCAACCUCAGAUGGAAUCCAGAUGACUACGGUGGUGUAAAAAAAAUCCGCAUCCCCUCCGAUGAUAUCUGGCGGCCAGACCUCGUUCUUUACAACAAUGCAGACGGUGAUUUUGCCAUUGUGAAAUACACCAAAGUCCUUCUGGAGUACACGGGUCUGAUCACCUGGACACCACCAGCUAUUUUUAAGAGUUACUGUGAAAUUAUAGUCACACACUUCCCAUUUGACCAGCAGAACUGCAGUAUGAAGCUAGGAACUUGGACAUAUGAUGGCACAGUGGUUGUUAUUAACCCGGUAAGCAAGGAUGAUCGCCCAGACCUGAGUAACUUCAUGGAGAGUGGGGAGUGGGUGAUGAAGGAUUACCGUGGCUGGAAGCACUGGGUUUACUACGCCUGCUGCCCUGACACCCCCUACCUGGACAUCACCUACCACUUCCUCAUGCAGCGCCUGCCUCUCUACUUCAUCGUCAACGUCAUCAUCCCCUGCCUGCUCUUCUCCUUUUUAACAGGGUUAGUUUUUUACUUACCCACAGAUUCAGGUGAGAAAAUGACUCUCAGCAUCUCCGUGCUGCUGUCUCUGACUGUGUUCCUGCUGGUCAUCGUGGAGCUGAUUCCCUCCACGUCCAGCGCAGUGCCUCUGAUCGGCAAGUACAUGCUGUUCACCAUGGUGUUUGUCAUCGCGUCCAUCAUCAUCACCGUCAUCGUCAUCAACACCCACCACCGCUCCCCCAGCACGCACACCAUGCCCCACUGGGUCAGGAAGAUCUUUAUUGACACAAUCCCAAACGUCAUGUUUUUCUCUACAAUGAAACGACCAGCAAGAGACAGACAAGACAAAAAUAUUUUUGCGGAAGAUAUUGAUAUUUCUGACAUUUCUGGGAAGUCAGGUUCUGUGCCUGUCAACUUCUACUCCCCGCUUACCAAAAAUCCAGAUGUGAAAAAUGCUAUAGAGGGAAUCAAAUACAUUGCAGAAACUAUGAAAUCGGAUCAAGAAGCCAGUAAUGCUGCAGAAGAAUGGAAGUUUGUUGCAAUGGUGCUUGAUCAUCUCCUCCUUGGCAUAUUUAUGCUAGUUUGUUUUAUAGGAACAUUAGCUGUAUUUGCCGGUCGCCUUAUUGAAUUAAAUCAGCAAGGAUGAGCAUCAGCUGGAAACUAUUUGCUACCCCGAACAUCUGAAAGCAUCAUGACCAUCAAAAUCUGGCCAGCCUCUGAAAAGUUCACUGACAGGAAUCAGUAACUGCUAGGAAAAGGCAGGGAUAAUAAAAUGUAAAGAUCCAUACUUAGCACUUCUGAGCUGCUGCUCAGUAGCAUUUAAUUACCAAAAAGAA